AUGGGUGGAGUUAACAAAUACCUGAAAAAGCAGUAUGAGAUGGAUGAGAAUAUCAAUGACUUUGACGAUGAGAGUAAUGAUGAGCUUGAAUUGUACGUAGUACUGCAAGUUGUAAUGCAUGAGCUAUUUGCCUUAUGCACUGUAGCUUCUGUUGUCAUUCAAGUUAUCUUAAAGAAGUAUUUAUCUAAGUAUCCACGUAAUCUUAUUAGAGGACCUAAUCGGUUGCAAGAACAAAUGGAUCAUAUUAACCGUUUAGUAAGAGAAAGCGACAUAACAUGCAUUGAACAACUCCGUAUGGAUCGUCGUUCUUUUAUGACUUUGUGCAAUAUGAUUCAUACAAUUGGUGGGUUAGGACCUUCAAAACAUGUCACUUUAGAAGAGAAGGUGGCCUUGUUCCUCUUCAUUUUGGCACAACAUUUGAAAAUACGAAAUGUUAAGUUCAAUUUCUAUAGAUCUGGACAGACUAUCAGUCGAUAUGUCAAUGAUGUGUUAAAGGCUGUGCUACGCUUGCAAGCCAACUUACUUAGCACACCAAAUCCUAUUACCGAAGCAAACACAGAUCCACGAUGGAAUUGCUUCCAGAAUUGUCUUGGAGCACUUGAUGGCACCUAUAUUAGAGUUCGUGUACCCGUGAUUCAUCAAGCAGGGUAUAGGACAAGAAAGGGAGAUGUUGCUACUAAUGUUCUAGGAGUUUGCUCCCAACAAAUGAAUUUCAUAUAUGUGUUGCCGGGGUAG